CCCAUUGGCAACUAUCCUCUUUGUGUCUCUGUGUGGAAGGGGGAGAUUUAGUUCACUUUUAUUUAUGGUCUGAAGUUAACCCACUGUAUAACUUAAUUGAAUUCCGGGAGAGCCUUUGGUUCAACCCUUUGAUCCUGUUCGAAGAAUUGUUAACCCGUUUGAAAGAAAUGACAGAACUAUUCAGUGAAUCUGGUCAGAGACAAUUAUCACAAAUGUUCUAUGCAGUACUCUUCUUUCAUGUUUCUGAAUACCUUUUAGCAAUGGCUUGUCACGGGAAGUCCAAAGUGACUAUCGAGUCUCUUUUGAUCACUAGAGACUAUGUCUUUGCAAUGAUCUUCGCGGUGCUAGAAUAUCUGGUUGAACUGUAUUUUUUCCCCACGUUGAAGGAUAAUUGGACUAUUAGCAACUUGGGACUUACGAUGGUGGUUCUUGGCGAAACUACAAGGAAGCUCGCUAUUCUUACUGCUGGACGGGCUUUUACUCAUUUCGUUCAGAGAUAUCACGAGGAUGAUCAUCAGUUGAUUACUUAUGGUGUUUAUGGCAUAGUCCGUCAUCCGGGGUACACUGGUUUCUUGAUCUGGUCUGUAGGCACUCAGGUAAUGCUUUGUAACCCUAUCUCAACCGUUGCAUUCGCAGUAAUCGUUUGGGACUUCUUCCACGCAAGAAUCCCGUACGAGGAGUUUUUCUUGAAACAGUUUUUUGGGUCGCAACAUGAGGCCUAUGCUCAACGGGUACCUUCUGGGAUUCCUUUUGUUAAGUGAUAAUACACUUGUAAAAGUCUAACCUUUCUAGACAACCCUCUAGGUUUGCUUGUGUCCAUUUCCGGCAAGCAGAUAUGUGUUGCCAUAUAAGAGC